AUGCUUUCAGGAGUGACUGGAAUGUUGAAUAGAGGCCACAAAAUCAAAGGGACAGUGGUGUUGAUGAGAAAGAAUGUGUUGGACAUAAACAACUUAACCAGUGUUGGUGGUGUUAUCGGUCAAGGUUUCGACAUUCUCGGUUCCACCGUCGAUAACCUCACUGCUUUCUUAGGCCGUUCUAUUUCUCUUCAGUUGAUCAGUGCAACAAAGCCUGAUGCAAGUGGGAAAGGGAAGCUGGGAAAAGCUACUUUUCUGGAAGGUAUAAUUACUUCAUUACCAACUUUGGGAGCUGGACAAUCUGCUUUUAGGAUUCACUUUGAAUGGGAUAAUGAUAUGGGAGUUCCUGGUGCAUUUUAUAUCAAAAACUUUAUGCAAACUGAGUUUUUUCUUGUGAGUUUGACUCUUGAUGACAUUCCAAAUCAUGGAAGUAUCUACUUUGUAUGCAACUCUUGGAUAUAUAAUGCCAAACACCACAAGAUCGAUCGCAUUUUCUUUGCGAAUCAGGCGUAUCUUCCGAGUGAAACACCGGCUCCAUUAGUCCAUUAUAGAGAAGAAGAAUUGAAUAACCUAAGAGGAGAUGGAACGGGAGAGCGCAAAGAAUGGGAAAGGAUCUAUGAUUAUGAUGUCUAUAACGAUUUAGGAAAUCCGGAUUCGGGUGAAAACCAUGCACGUCCGGUUCUUGGAGGGUCUGAAACAUAUCCUUAUCCGCGUAGGGGGAGAACUGGUCGAAAACCAACUAGAAAAGAUCCUAAUAGUGAGAGUAGAAGUGAUUAUGUGUAUCUUCCAAGAGAUGAAGCUUUUGGUCACUUGAAGUCAUCGGAUUUUCUUACUUAUGGAUUGAAAGCUGUGUCUCAAAACGUGGUUCCUGCAUUAGAAUCUGCGUUCUUUGAUUUGAAUUUCACACCAAAUGAGUUUGAUAGCUUUGAUGAAGUUCAUGGGUUGUAUGAGGGUGGAAUUAAGCUGCCAACAAAUAUACUAAGCCAGAUAAGCCCGUUACCCGUGCUUAAGGAAAUCUUUCGCACCGAUGGUGAACAGACCCUUAAGUAUCCACCACCUAAAGUAAUUCAAGUGAGUAGGUCUGGAUGGAUGACUGAUGAAGAAUUCGCAAGAGAAAUGCUUGCUGGAGUAAAUCCAAAUGUGAUAUGCCUUCUUCAGGAGUUCCCUCCACGAAGCAAGCUUGACAGUCAAGUCUAUGGUGAUCACACUAGUAAAAUAACCAAAGAACACCUAGAGCCUAAUUUAGAUGGACUCACAGUAGAAGAGGCAAUUCAAAACAAGAAAUUGUUCCUGCUAGAUCAUCAUGACUCAAUUAUGCCAUAUUUAAGGAGAAUAAACUCAACUUCCACAAAGGCUUAUGCUACCAGAACCAUCCUUUUCUUGAACAAUAACCAAACUUUGAAGCCACUGGCCAUAGAGUUGAGUUUGCCACACCCUCAAGGAGAUGAACACGGUGCUGUUAGUUAUGUUUAUCAACCUGCGCUAGAAGGUGUCGAAAGUUCUAUUUGGUUAUUGGCUAAAGCUUAUGUGAUUGUGAAUGAUUCCUGCUAUCAUCAACUUGUUAGCCAUUGGUUGAAUACUCACGCAGUUGUUGAACCGUUUGUCAUAGCAACUAACAGGCAUCUGAGUUGUCUUCACCCGAUUUAUAAACUUUUGUAUCCUCACUAUCGCGAUACAAUGAAUAUAAACUCUCUCGCUCGACUAUCCCUCGUCAACGACGGUGGUAUCAUCGAGAAAACUUUUUUGUGGGGAAGAUAUUCUAUGGAAAUGUCUUCUAAAGCUUACAAGAAUUGGGUUUUCACAGAGCAAGCAUUGCCUGCCGAUCUUAUAAAAAGAGGGAUGGCUAUUGAGGAUCCAUCUUCUCCAUGUGGUGUUAAGCUUGUGAUAGAGGAUUAUCCUUAUGCUGUUGAUGGAUUAGAGAUAUGGGCUAUAAUAAAGACAUGGGUCCAAGACUAUGUCUCCUUGUACUACACCUCAGAUGAAAAACUUAGACAAGAUUCUGAGCUUCAAGCUUGGUGGAAAGAGCUCGUGGAGGUUGGUCACGGUGACAAGAAAAACGAGCCGUGGUGGCCUAAGAUGCAAACUCGAGAAGACUUAAUUGAAGUUUGCAGUAUUGUCAUAUGGACUGCUUCAGCUCUUCACGCAGCUAUUAAUUUUGGGCAGUAUCCCUAUGGAGGCUUAAUCUUAAACCGUCCAACUCUUAGUAGGCGACUCAUGCCUGAGAAAGGUUCGGCUGAGUUCGAGGAGCUAGUCAAAAGUCCACAAAAGGCUUACUUGAAGACAAUCACGCCGAAGUUUCAGACUCUUAUUGAUCUUUCUGUUAUAGAAAUAUUGUCGAGGCAUGCUUCCGAUGAAUUGUACCUUGGAGAGAGAGACAAUCCGAAUUGGACAUCGGAUAAAAGGGCAUUAGAGGCUUUUAAGAAGUUUGGAAACAAGUUGGCUGAAGUCGAGAAGAAACUCACUCAGAGAAACAAUGACGAGAAGCUAAUAAAUCGCCAUGGACCGGUUGAGAUGCCUUAUACUUUGCUUUAUCCUUCGAGUAAAGAAGGAUUAACUUUUAGAGGAAUUCCUAAUAGUAUCUCUAUCUGA